AUGGACCUUGAAGAUCAUCCAAAGAAGCAUCAUGGUCACGAUACACAUGCGAUACCUCCUCAAGCAAUAUGCAAUAUUUACAAGAAAUACCAGAAGAUGGACGAUGUCGACAUAGACUCUGAUCUUGAAGUUGUCGACUUUGGCAGGGGUUUGACCAAGCAACAAGACAAAUCAAUCGUACCAGUUGAUACAAUCUCAUCUGAACUGGUUGCAACAGCAAGAGAUAAGUUCAUGAGCUACUGGCCAUCAUUUGACUCUGUACCUCGAGAUUCAACGCCCAAGGCAUGUACAAUUUACGAGCACAAAGACUUUGCCGGUCUUCGAAUCCUCCCUUCUCUACUUCCACCAGAAUGUCAAUUUCUGAUGCUUGAUUCGAUCCUGCACAGAGACCUUGCAAAUCCACUUCACAAAACGAACAUUCACCAAGAUUACAGCAUUCCAUACCCACCACCCAACGGAGAUUCGUCACAACCAGAAUCAUUCUUCACGUACCCGCCUCAUUCAAAGAAUCAAGUGUUCACGCCAAUCAAUCCACACUCGAACCAUAAAGCGCUGAAUACAACUCAAUUUCUGCAUAAGAAGCUCCGCUGGCUGACAUUGGGAAGUCAAUAUGAUUGGACCACUCGAGCAUACCCCGCCGAAUCACCAACGCGCUUUCCAGCUGAUAUUUCGUCCUUGGUAACUACAUUGUUCAAGAAUGCCUUCAAGCCUGAAUCCGGAGUCGUUCUUCUGUACAGUACAAAGGAUUAUAUGCCCGUGCAUCGAGACGUGUCGGAGGAAUGCCAGAAGGGACUUGCGAGCUUUACGUUGGGAUGUGAUGGCCUAUUCAUCUUAUCUCGAGACAAGAAAAGGGAGGAUGGAGAAGCAGCAGACGAAGAUGACGAAGAGAGAGAAAUGGAAACGUGUGUCCUGAGAGUCCGAAGUGGUGACUGUGUGUGGAUGGGUGGGGAGACGAGAUGGUGCUGGCACGCGAUGCCAAAGAUUAUGGGAGGAACAUGUCCGAAGUGGCUUGAAGACUGGCCCGUUGGCGUAAGUGGGGAACAGAGGAAGGAGUUCGAGAAGUGGAAGGGAUUCAUGAAGAGCAAGAGGCUCAAUAUAAGUUGUCGACAGGUCUGGAGCUGA